AAUGAUGGCCAUCAUACUAUUGGUAACGACCAUGUUGCAACUGCCUGCGCCCACACACCAGGGCUACGAAGAGGAUCUAAGGGCCGAUUUCAGAGUUACACUCCAUGUGGACGACAGUGAGCUGUACGGAGACGGCGACGAAGCGAUGAGAAGCCAGUUCUUAGACGAGGAUAAGUUCGCCAAAAGCAUGUGUCCGGUGGGAGAGGACGACUGCCACGAGAACGCUAUGCUUCAGGCGGCGCCCGACACCAAAACGCCGGCCGAAAAAAUCAAAGAGAAACUCAAUCGCCAUAAGCAGUACGAGAAGGCCAUGAAAGACGGCGAGGCUCAGGCGCAGAAGGAGCUCAAGGCUGCCGGCAAAGCCGACGAGUGGGGCGGCUUUUUGCCACCCAACAUGAUCAAAGGGACCACGCUCACGCAAACCAACGAGACUAAAGCCGGGUCUAAGCCCCGAGCGAAUGCUCACGCUAAAGGCGCGCCCAAAAAAGGAAAUCCCAAAAAAGGAAAGGGGAAAGAAGGCAAAUCAGAUGAAAAAGAGGAUAAAGUUUUAAAAGCGGAGAAACCAGAAGAGGAAACAGAGGAUAAAGCGUUAAAAGCAGAGAAACCAGAGGAGAAAACAGAGGAUAAAGCGUUAAAAGCAGAGAAACCAGAGGAGAAACCAGAGGAUAAAGCGUUAAAAGCAGAGAAACCAGAGGAGAAAACAGAGGAUAAAGCGUUAAAAGCGGAGAAACCAGAGGAGAAAACAGAGGAUAAAGCGUUAAAAGCGGAGAAACCAGAAGAGAAAACAGAGGAUAAAGCGUUAAAAGCCGAAAAACCAGAGGAGAAAAAAGAGGAUAAAGUUUUAAAAGCGGAGAAAAAAGAUGAGAAAAAAGCGGAGAAAAAAGCGGAUAAAAAGGAGAAAAAAGAUGAGAAAAAGGAGAAAAAAGAUGAGAAAAAGGAUAAAAAAGAGGAGAAAAAAGCGGACAAAAAAGUGGAGAAAAAAGAUGACAAAAAAGAUGACAAAAAAGCUGGUAAAGGGGUUAAGGUUGAAGUCAAAGUCAAAAAUAUUGUGAUCCAUCAACAACUGACCAUGGUGGAAACACGGACCAGAAUGAUGGCCAGCAUAUUAUUGGUAACGACCAUGUUGCAACUGCCUGCGCCCACACACCAAAACUACGAGGCGGAAAUAAUGGCCGAGAUCAGAGGUAAUAUGCAUCCUCGCGGCCAUAACGAGCUGUCGGAGUGGGACGACGAGCCCUACAGAGUCCGGUCCUACUGGGCGGACGAUGACGAGGACAGUAUGCUUCAGGCGGCGCCCGGCGGCAACAAAAAGCAGGCCGAGAAACAAAAACGCGACCAGCAGUACGAGAAGGCCAUGAAAGACGGCGAGAGUCACGCCCACAAGGAUCUAAAGGCGGCCGGCGGUGCCGACCCGUACGGCGGCUUUUUGUUACCCCAAACAGACGACGGCAAACACCCCCAUAAAGCCGGAUCUAAGCCCAGAGCUAAUGCUCAUGCUAAAGGCCCACCCAAAAAAGGAAAGGGAAAAGGAGGCAAAUCCGGUAAAAUAAAUGAUGAUGGUGAUGAGGUCGAGAUAUCGAUGUCAUAGGCAGCUUCUGCACCCUAAUAAAGCAUUAUGGCUUUUGUCGGAGUUUAA